AUGAAGAAAAUGCAACUUUACAUUCUACCUGUUAACAACAGAGUAGUAUUUCCAUACUAAACCAUCAACAUAAGGAUUCCUGAAACUUACUAAUAUGAUGCUAAGAAGUUCAACAGCAUGAUAGGUGUUUUACCAAAUUUAGAUCCUACUUUGUGCAAAGAAAAAAAUAUCGAAACAAUCGAAAAUUUUGCUAGAUAUGGAACUAUAUUGAAGAUAACCAGUGAAGAUAGAACUUUUUAUACAUUUACAGCUGGUUAUUAAAAAAAUCAUAGAGAAGUUAGGUAUUACGGAGCAUUCGCAUUUGGUCGUUUUAAAGUAAUUGAUUUUGAUAAAACCUCUCCUUAUUACAUCGCUAACGUAGAAUUGAUUUCAGAUGAAAUCCCUCCUGAAAUAGAAAAAGCUGUUAAAGCUGACAAUACCAUCUCUGACUUCCGUAAUUUAGCUAAAACCUAUGUAGAAAUAGUUUGCAAACCUGAAGCUGUCCCGCCUAAAAAGCAACUUAUAGAGAAUGAAUAAUCAAUCAAUAAGUUAGUUUUUUCAGUAGCUAAUUAUUUGGACGUUCAGCCAGAGGUAAAGCAAGUCAUUUUACAAGUUAAUGAAAUCAAAGAGCGUAUCAAAGAAAUAUGCAAAAUUUUAUAAUCAAAAAACGAUGAGCUCAAACUUGCUAAUGAGUUAGAAAAGAAAGUCAAAAAAGAAAUGUCAAAUGAAUCACAAUCCCGUCAAUUAAUUCUUCGUCAACAACCUCCAUAAUAUGAAAUUGGAGGAUUCAAUGUUUCUCCUGAAGACGAAAUGUCUCAACUAGAAAUGCAAAUUAAGUAGAAGCAACUACCAGAAAACGUGUUUAAUGCUGUAAUGAGAGAAUUUAAAAGAUUGAAAAGUAUUAGAAGUCAAAACGCAGAAACUAAUGUGAUUAGGACUUAUAUUGAUACUGUGUUGGAGCUUCCUUGGAAUGAAACAACUUAAGAUACUUAUGACUUAAAGUUAGCAGAAGAAAUAUUACAUAGAGACCAUUCAGGAUUAGAAAAAGUUAAGAAAAGAAUUUUAGAAUUCCUUGCUGUUCGCUCUUUGAAAGGAAACUCUAAAGGAACAAUUAUUUGUCUUUGUGGACCUCCUGGUGUUGGAAAAACAUCUUUAGGAAAAUCUAUAGCAGAUAGCUUAGGAAGAAAAUUUGAAAGAAUAUCUUUAGGUGGUGUUAGAGAUGAAGCAGAAGUUAGAGGACACAGAAGAACUUACGUUGGUGCUCUCCCUGGUGUUAUUAUCCAAGCUUUAAGAAAGUGCUAAUCUAAAAAUCCAGUAAUUUUACUUGAUGAAAUCGAUAAAAUAAAUAGAGAUUACAGAGGAGAUCCAUCUAGUGCCUUAUUGGAAGUUCUUGACCCUAACUAAAAUUCUACAUUUACUGAUCACUAUCUUGCUUUGCCUUUUGAUCUUUCUAAUGUGAUGUUUAUUGCUACUGCAAAUUAAUUGGAUACAAUUUAAGGACCUCUUCUUGACAGAAUGGAAGUUAUUUAAAUUCCAGGAUACACUUUGGAUGAAAAGAAAGACAUUGCUCACAAGUACUUAAUACCAAAAUAAAUUGAAGAAAACGGAAUCAACUAAAGUAUCAUUGACCUUGAUAAAGAGUCAGUUGAUUUGAUUAUAAAGGCCUAUACAAGAGAAGCUGGAGUACGUCAAUUAGAAAGAAACAUAGGUUCUGUUUGCAGAAGUGUUGCUGUUAAAUAUUCCACCCACAAAUAAUCUCACAAAGACAAGCCAAAUUUGCCUGAAUUCUAAAAAGUAAAAAUAACUCCUGAUUAUGUGAGAGAUGUCUUAGGCAUUGAAAUAUAUGAUGAAGAGGAAAUAAAAGACCGUAUUAAUUCUCCAGGUAUAGCAGUGGGAAUGGCUUAUACAGCUGUUGGUGGAAAAACAUUGAUCAUAGAAGCAAGCAUGAGUUAAGGAAGCGGUAAAAUUAACUUAACUGGUUAGUUAGGCGAUGUUAUGAAGGAAUCUGUACAAACUGCUAUAGGAUGGAUUAAAUCAAAUUGGUAGAACAUUCAAUUCAUGAUGAAAGAUCCUGAUAUUUUUAAGGCUGAAAAAUUAUUUGACAAUAUUGAUAUUCAUGUGCAUUUCCCUGCAGCAGCUACACCAAAGGAUGGUCCUUCAGCUGGUAUUACAAUCACAACUGCAUUACUUUCUUUACUUUCAAUGAGAAAGAUUAGAAGUGAUAUUGCUAUGACUGGUGAAAUAACUUUGAAGGGUUUAGUUCUUCCAGUGGGAGGAAUUAAGGAAAAGGUAUUAGCCGCUUAUGCCAAUGGUAUCAAAACAAUCAUUCUACCUUACAAGAAUCGCAAAGAUACAGAAGAUAUCACUCCUGAGAUUAAGAAAAACAUAGAUUUUAAGUUUGUAAAGAAUAUAUUCGAAGUUCUUGAUAUUGCAUUUGAUGAAUAAGAAGAACUAAGCUUACGCAAGGCUAAAUUUGAAGCCGAUCAAAUGAAUAAACAAAGCAAGCUCUGA